UUAAAUUGUAUUUUAAAGCAAAGUACCUAACUAAGGCUCACAAAAAAGAAAAUGGUGGAAUCAACACUUCUUUCCCAAAAGAUCAUCAAGCCCUCUUCCCCUACCCCUUCUUCCCUUAGAUGUCACAAUCUUUCUUUCCUUGAUCAAAUUACUAAAUCUACAUAUGUACCAGUGGCCUCCUUCUACUCCAAACCUACAAAUUACAACAUAAUCCAAAUAUCACACAUUCUUGAAAACUCCCUUUCAAAAGUAUUAUCCUCUUAUUAUCCCUUUGCGGGAAAAAUCAUGAAUAAUAAAUAUGUCGAUUGCAAUGACAUAGGCGCGGAGUAUUUUAAUGUCCGAGUCAAUUGUCCAAUGUCUAAAGUUCUCAACAAUCUCAAUAACGAUGCUAUAAAGGUAGCAUUCCCACAAGAUUUGCCUUGGGGUAGUUGUACUUCGUCCUUGGAUCAAAGUCCACUAGUGGUCCAAUUAAGUCAUUUCGAUUGUGGUGGAAUAGCAGUCAGCGUAUGCAUAUCGCACAAAGUGGCUGAUGGAUACAGUCUCUAUAAAUUCCUUAAUGAUUGGGCCGCCACAGCUCGAGAUGAUCAGUUGGAUUUCAAACCAUCUCCUCAGUUUGGUGUAAUUAAUACUUUGUACCCACCAAUGGAUGACCCUCCACCUGAAAGCGAAAUCGAGAGUGAACCUCAACAAUGCGUAUCAAGAAUGUUCCAUUUUUCGUCUUCUAAUUUGGGCAGACUCAAAGAUAUUGUUGUAAAGGGCUCAGGUGUACAGAAUCCAACUCGCGUUGAAGUCGCCACAGCGCUUCUUCAUAAAUGCGGAGUACUAGCAUCAUCAACCUCAGCAGAAAAUCAUCCAGCUGGCAUGUUUAAACCAUCUCUGUUGGUCCAUAUAAUGAAUUUACGCCCACCAUUGCCCCUAAAAGCAAUUGGAAAUGCUGUUUCUUCCUUUAGCGUGACAGCAACAAUGAAAGAUGAGAUACAUGUUCCCAUCUUUGUUGAUAAACUACGAAAGGCUAAACAACAUUCUCGGGACAAAUUCAGGGAUAUAAAGCCAAACCAGCUAUUCUCACACUCGCUUGAAAGAUCCAAAGAGGCUGCAGAAAUGUUAAAAAGUAAUGAUAUUUAUUUCUGCAGCAGCCAUUGCAAUUUUGGGUUGUAUACGAUUGAUUUUGGAUGGGGUCGGCCCAUAAGAGUGACCCCAACAUCAUAUCCAAGACAAAAUGGCGUUAUUUUCUUGGAUGAUCAAAGUGGAGAAGGGAUAAAUGUACUAAUCAAUUUGGCAGAAGCUGAUAUGUUAAUAUUUCAGCGUGACGAAGAGCUCCUAGAGUUUGCUUCUCCUAUUCAUCAGUCGCCGCAAUAAGUUAAAAGCUAUCAUCUUGCCAAGCUACGUACUAACAAUACUCUAUCAAAAAGAUGUAUGUGGCUAUGACGGGUGAUUUUCAGAAAGUCCAGUGGAGCAGGAUCAUUUGCAACAACCAUGGCCUGCAAAAAUGGAUUUUUAUACUCAGAUUGGCAACAUUGCGAAGACUUCAUACCAAGGAUAGACGCUUGAAGUGGGGUAUAAUAGAUGAGCAACAGUUUGUCCUCUGUGAUAAUGCCGAUGAGUCCAUGAAUCAUUUGUUUUAUAGCUGUAACUAUGCCAGUUCCAUAUGGUCUCGGCUACUACAAUGGCAAGGAAUAACAAGGAGCCUCUACCUUGGCAUGAGGAACUGAACUGGGCAUGCAUUAAUGCUAAGGGAAGAGGAUCAAAUGCCACAAUUUACAGGAUGUGUUUGGCAGCAACUGUGUACCACGUGUGGAUUGAGAGGAAUCAAAGGAUAUUUCAAAGCAAAAGCACUCCCUCUCAAGUGAUCACAAGGAAGAUAGUGCAAGAAGUAGUAUUCAAAGCGAUGUUGCUACCCCGAUUUGCAGGAAGAAUCUCAAAGCUUAAUAUCUAUCCCUAGUUUCUUGUUUAUUUCAUAGCUUAUAGUUGAGUUUUUGAAGUCAUAGUUGGAAGUAUGCUAACUGUGCGGCUGUUAUGCUACCACAGUUUGGACUCUGUACAUGUUAGCAAUUUUGGUAACGAAAAGUUUCCUCACUUGCCAAAAAUAUAAAAAUUAUAGCACCUUA